AUGGAUUCUUUGCCAGUCAAAAAUUUUGGAAUAAUAACUCAAAUUAAUGAAGAAAUACAUCAACUAGAUACUGAUAAAGAUAAUCUUAAUGACCAAAAUAAUAAUGAUCAAGAAGAAUUAGUUGAUGGUGAUAGACGUGCGACUACUUCACGUUUUAGUAAAGUCUUUGAUCCAAACUUUUGGUUGACUGCCUACGAACAAUCCAAUAAUAAUUCUAGUGGUGUAGGUGCUCUUACUACUACUAACAACACAUCUCAAAAACGGCAAACUAUUAUUGAUUAUGAUAGCGUGUUGACAGGACCUGAUUCAAUACGUUUUUCAAAAAUUAUUGAUUUAUCACUAAUUUCUGAUGAGAUCAAAGAUGAAGAUUUGGACCUUACUUUUAUAAAAUUUUUGGAUGAAAUGAAUAUGCACAAGGAGCCUCGUAAUAAGUUAUUACAACUUCCUAAUGAAUAUAAACGAGCUUUAAUUGUUCAGAGUAGACAGGCAAAAAAUCAAAAUCAACGACAAAAUAGUGAAAAUGUUAGUAGGAAAAAUGAUAAUAAUAAUGAUACACAAAAUCAAAGACAAGAACAAGAAGAAAAUUCAAAUGAUGUUGUUAUUAAAGAAAUGGUUGAUUCUAAAUCAGAACAUUCACUUGCUUCAUUAACGUUAGAUACUGCAAAUAAAUCCCAAGAGGAUUUAACAAAAUCAUCAUUGCCAUCAUUGUCCAAUUCAACAGGAUUCCUAAGAACUCCUACCUAUUAUAUUGAGAAAAUAACACAAAAAAAUAUUUCAUCAAAGUCAUUAUCUGAAGCAUUACAAUCUUUAAGAAUUACUGUGUCAAGUGAAUCAUUAUCAUGGAUAAGAGUCUUUUUAAAUGGCAAAGGUUUAGAAGCAUUAGAAAAUAUAUUAGAAAGUUAUACAGUUGAUAUUAAGAAAAGUCAUACAAGAAAUAGUGAUCAUGAUGCUAGAGUGCAAUCUGAAUGUAUUAGAAUUUUAAGAGUUUUAUUGAAUACAGAGCCUGGGUAUGACAAAGUACUUAAAUCUCGGACAUUAAUUAGCAGCAUAGUUUUCUGUAUUAAUACACGAAAUAAUAAACUGAGAUCACAAGUGGCUGAUAUAUUAGCAGCAUUGUGUGUGAUGUCAUUAGAUGGACAUCAUCUGGUAUUAUCGGCCUUUUCAGAUUUCAAGCAAAUAAAUGAUGAAAAGUUUCGAUUUCAAUAUUUGAUUGAAACAUUGAAAGGAACAAAUGAAAUAGAAGAAGAUAGUGUGUCAAUGGAAUAUAAAGCUGCAUGUUUAAGUUUGAUUAAUGCAAUAGUAAACUCACCUGAGGAAGUUGAAGAAAGAAUGUUGUUGAGAGAUGAAUUUUCAAGAAGAGGAUUAAAUGAAGCUUUCAUGAAUAUCAAAAGAUCAGAUCCACCAGAAAACCUUUUAACACAAAUUUAUCUGUAUGAAGAAGAAUAUCAAGAUGAUUUUGAUGAAUUAUAUCUAAAGGUUCAUGAUAUAGUAAGAGAUUCAAAUGAUUCAUAUUCUAUACUACUUGGACUUUUAAAACAAGUUGAAUUUGAUGACUCAUUAUACUUUCGAGUUCUUGAAACUUUAAAAAAUUUACUAAGAAUUAUAUGCAAGGAUUUGGAAAUAAAUUCACAAAAUGAAAUGUGGACAAUUAUUGAAUUAUUCGUUGAUAGAAUUGGUUCAUUGAAAAAUAUUCAAGAUGAAUGGCAAUAUUCUUUUAAUGAGUUUUUAUCUUCGAUUCAAAUUAUUGUUGGAAAAUUCUCUGUUGUGUCUGGUCAUAUAAGUGAUGAACAAAUUGAUAAUAUGAAAAUGAAAUUAAACAGUUUGGAAAAUAAUACUACACUAGAAACUACCAACAAAAACUAUCCACUAAAGAAUCAACAUUUUUCGGAAAGUGAUAAAUUGGCCAUUAUCAAUAAUGAUCAAACAAACCAAUUUAUCAAUUCAUCAGAGCCAACCAUAAGCAACAUUCUUAAAACUAAACAUACAUUAUCAAAGUCUACUUCAACUACUUCGCUAGAAAAAUUAUUUCAUUUAAAAAAAUUUGAUAAAGAUAUUAUUAACAACAAUGAUGAUAAUAAAAAACAAACUUUAACUAAAUCAACAUCAACAAGUUCACUAAAUGCAAUGGUUUUUAAUGAAUCCACUUCAACUAGCUCUUUAUCUAAUCGUUCAAUUGAAAAUAACAUUAAUAAUAGCUUAGUACCAAUAACAAUAAACAAUCUAUCAACUUCAUUACCAAAAACAACAAACAA